AUGGCUAGCAUGGAGCUUUCGGCGGGUCUGUUGGAGAUUGUAAACUCUCUGACCCAAGACGAUAUUCCAUUCAAGCUUCGGUGUGCUGUCUGCAACAAGCUGGCUGUCAACGCAUUUCGACUUCCAUGCUGCGAUCAAGCGAUAUGCGAAAACUGCCAGACAACCCUGCCAGACAGCUGUCCUGUCUGCGAGCACAACCCCGUCUCACCCGACCUCUGCAAACCGAACAAAGCACUCCGCACUACUCUCAAGGCUUUUCUACGAACAGAAGAGAAAAAGCGAGAAAAGGAUCGCCCAUCAGCUACUCCCGCUCCAGCGCUGGCGCCACCCGUUGAGACUGCCACGAGCCAGGUUGCAGAUGAAGCCGCUCCCAAAAAAGAAGAUGAGGCGACUCCAGUGAUAACGCGUGAGCCUGUUAUCGCCGAUGAGCCUGUAGUGGUGCCGUCUACCGAAGACGUGCAGCCUCUUGAAGAAACGGAACCUCUACCUCAACCCUCCGAUCAGCCUGGAGAAGUACCCGCCACCGCUGCUGGUAACGAAACUGCUGAAAAUAUCGAGGAGAACACCACGCCAGCUGCGAGCGGAGCUCUUGUCGAGGGCGAAUCGCAGCCGACCCAGCAGGACAUGGCAUCGGCAAACGGGCCCAAUACAGCAUUUCCCAACAUGGGAUUUGGGGUGAACCCGGGGAUGAUGCCUAAUGGAGCUUGGGCAGGACAGGAUCUCGGCGCUAUGACACAGUUCAUGCCGAAUACACCAAUGAACAACAUGCAAAAUCCAAUGGGAAUGCUCGGAAUCGAUCCGAUGACUGUAGCUCAAGGAAUGUUCGGAGGGUUUGGUAUGAACAUGAAUAAUAUGAGCAAUGGCAUGAACGUGGGGUUUGGAUCAGGACAGCAGAUGUAUGGCAAUUGGGACAACUCUCAAAACAAUAUGUACAAUCCAACUGCAUUUGCGAAUGGUAUGGGCCAAGAUUAUCGCGCCUCUGGCUAUGCUGGCUACAUGUCUCAAGACAACGGGAGCUAUUCUCAGAUGCAACAAUACUCUAACCAAAAUUACAACCAAGGAGGCUACUAUGGCAACAAUGGGCCUGGCUAUAUGAGGGGCAUGGGCCGUGGUCGUGGUCGCGGCUAUUACCGUGGCCGCGGGGGAUACUAUGGCCAGAUGCAUGCUAACAACCAGUAUCAGCAAGGCUACCAGAAUAAUGUAUCUUCGGAAGCCAUGGAGCAGACCGCCUCGGCACCAUCUGCAGAGGACGUUAAGAAAUUCAACGAUGAUUUAGCCCCUGGGGGAGAAGACGACCUGGGAGAUGGCCCGCUUAAAGACGAGACUGCAGAAGCCCAGAAGGCUUUGGGUAAUGUUGAUCGUACUGGUGACCCUGAUGGCCAUAAAUCUGAAGAUGGUGAUCCGCAAGACCUUCCUGAUAAAGAUGGUGCUGCUGUAUUACAAGGUAUUCCAACCAUUGACAGUCUUGAUAGUGCCUCUUCCAAUCACGAUGGUUAUCAAAACGGCCCGAUGUUGGGACACAUGGAGCAAGGAUACGGCCGAGGUAGAGGUUAUGGCCGCGGAGGAUUUUAUAAUAACCGAGGUGGCUAUUAUCAGAAUGCUCCAGGACAGCAGCCUGCAAUAGGGCAGGGCGUUGUAGGUGCCCCCGUUGCACCGCGCGCUAUGCGUCAGGGUCUUCCCAAUAUCAGCACGCGGCGGCUUUAUCCAGGCCAUGGACACAACCCUUCCACUGGAGAGGCGCCCGAAAACGCAUCACGGAGUGCCACCCCAACUACCACCCCAGCUACCAUGAAUGGCAACAACCGUCCACAGUCCCCAUCAGCCAAGACGUCUCGAAUGCGAUCCCAGUCCCCUUCGCAGGUAGACUCUGGGGCUCAAUCACGACCUCCCCAGUCUCCUGCAGUGCCAAGUUCUCGCCAUGACCGCCAUCGGCGUGACCGAUCUCAAGCCUCUCAUGCCAGCGAGGCCAACAGAGACAAAGAUAGGCGAAGAGACGACCGCGACAAGAACGUGGACCGAUCACGAUCACGGUCCCCGUCACAGACGAAGGAAACUUCUCGACGCUCCUCACAUCGCCCGGACCGCGAUCGAGAGCGAGAUACGAAACCCAACCACCGCUCGCAUCGUUCUCGUCGCCAUCGCAGCCGCAGCGGAAGCCGUUAUCGUGAUGGCGAAUCCCCUAGUCUGGGGACCACUAACGGUAGCGAGAGAAAAGACCUUGCGAGCCGGAUUACCACUGCACAACGACUUAACAAGGAGUCGUCUGGUCGCUCUCGCGAAGACCGAAGCAGUAGACGUGACCGCGAAAAACGCCGGGACCGAGAGCGCGAUUAUGACUACGAACGUGAUCGAGACCGAGAUCGAGACCGUGACCGUCACCGCGAAAAGGAGAAGGACAGACCUCGAGAUAGAGACCGAGAACGCGAGCGUGAAAAAGACCGCAAACGACCUCGCCGCGAUCGGUCUGCAUCACCAAAUGACAGCGACUCGUCGCACCGCCAUUCACGGCGUGUUAAACGCAGUCAUAACCGAGACGAGAACGACUAUGACAAACGCCGGCCCUUGACCAGCAGGACCCAUGCCAGCACAAAAUCGUCGGGCGAGCCGCCUUCUUCGUCCAAGGAUCCGCAUACUCUAGAGCGCGAAGCCCGGAACCGAGAGCGCAUGAUGAAAGAGCAGCAGCGACGCACCGCGGCCACGACAGACCGUGACGGGAGAAGCUCUCGUGGGCGUCAUGACCGUGACCGUGAACUGGCCGGGGGCCGUCGACUGAGCUAUAAAUACGAAGACGACGAGGAUGGCAUGAAUCGCAUCGAAGAAGAGCGAGAAGCCAGCCGCUGGGCUUGA